UAGAUGGAAGAAAAUGAAAUCUUGGAACUCUACCACCUUCAAUACGCCGAUCUCAUGGCGUUGUCGUCCCACCAAAUUCCCACAUCAAACGAUGAAAUUCAACGCCUCGCAUCAAUUUCCAUAUCGAUAAUGCAAAGCCUCGGCCGUAACGGGCCGGGCCUUCUCUCCAUUACCGGUGUUCCUGCAGCCCAAACCUCCCAAACUCUGCUCCCUUUGGCCCGAAAGCUCGCUCUUCUCAGAAACGAUGAUCGGAAAAGGAUUCUCAAGGAUCAUAAUCUGGGGAGCGAUGUUCCGUUGAAGGAUUUGAAUAGAACCGUGUCUUCUUUUGCAAUGCAAAUGAAGUAUGAUGAUGACUUCAAAUUUGGAUUUGGGGAUAGGGCAGUGUCUAAAGAGGUUGAAUCAGGGGAAUUUAAGGAUCUAGGGUUUGCAUUUCGAGAAUUAGGGUUUUGUAUGAUGGAAUUGGGGCUUUGUCUUGCUCGAGUUUGUGAUCAACAAAUUGGUGGGUGUGAGCUGGAACAGAGCUUAUUGCAGAGUGGUACAGCGAAAGGGCGGUUGAUACAUUAUCACUCUGUUGCUGAUAAUGCUGCCAUCAACGAGGCGGAGAAUAGGAAGCGCCGUAGCAGGGUUAGUUUGGGGGAGAAUUGUAAAUCUGAUUAUGGUGACGAUGGUAACUCAAAGCUGUGGCAGCAGUGGCAUUACGAUUAUGGGAUUUUUACGAUUUUGACAAUGCCAAUGUUUAUGUUGUCGAAUGAAAGUGAUGAGCGAGAGUGCGACUCUCCUAGUGGCCAUACGUACCUGCAAGUCUUUCAUCCUGAGAUGAACUGUGUGGUUAUGGUGAAGGCGCCACGAGGGAGUUUUAUUGUUCAGGUGGGAGAAUCAGCAGAUGUGUUAUCACGGGGGAGGCUUAGAGCUACCCUCCAUAGUGUUUCAAGACCGGACAAGAUGGAGAAUUUGAGCAGGGAGACUUUUGUUAUAUUUCUACAGCCGGCAUGGAGCAAGACGUUUUCACUUGCAAACUACCCCGAUGAACAUUUAAGAUUAGGAGGUCAGGGUACAGAGCUACGUGACGAGGAAACUUGUAGUGCUAGGCAUGAAUUGAAUGGAUUGGCUCGGAAAAUUCAGGAGAUUGUUCCUCCCCUGUCUUCACGCUUGCGCGAUGGGAUGACAUUUGUAGAAUUCGCGAAAGAAACUACAAAGCAAUACUAUGGUGGUAAAGGUUUGCAGGCUAACAGAUAGGAAAAAAAGCUAAGAAUGAAUUCAUUUUUGCAUUUGUUGAAACAAGUAUUGUGUGGAGUACAUAAUAUAGACUGGGGGAGUUGAUACAGAUCCUCUGCUAAAGCCUCUAUCCCACUAUAUACCUCAUGCAUCCAUAUCUAUCAUCCACUACACACCCUAAACUGCAUGCCAAUUGCCACAACUCCAUUUUACCCUCAUCCUCUUCCUCACCAAGGCCAAGACGUGAUGUUAGACGUCCACGUUGGAAGAUUACAUUUAGAUUUGCCUAUCUUUGUAUUUUUAUUAAUUAAAUGUAAUAGAGUCAGGCGAAGUAUAAGCCCCUUUCAGGGUUUUCUUUGUCGGUUCUUUUCCAGAUUGCAUAAAAGGGUCCUUAGAUUUUCUAUUUAAACUCUUGCGAAGGCCAUUAAUUUUUAUCAGCAAUAGAAAGUAUCGUUCACUUAUCUA